GAUUCAUUCUCAUCCACUCUCCAGUCUCCACCACAAAUUUCAUUCUGUCCAGCCAUGAGCACAAAUCAGGAUUCCAAUUCCAAACAAACCCUAAUCUUCUCCUACGGCACGCUCAAGCGAGGCUUUUCCAACCAUUAUCUCAUGCAGGAACUGAUAAACAAAAACGUUGCCGUUUUUCUCGGUCCCCACAUCACCACCCAUCCUUACCCGCUUGUCUGCGGUCCUUACAACAUUCCUUAUCUCAUCCACCUCUCAGGGUCAGGCAAUCGAGUCAAGGGCGAGCUGUACUCAGUGUCGACGCAGGGACUCGCUCGACUCGACGAGUUCGAGGGCACGAAGUUUGGUCAUUAUGAUAGGCUCCCAGUUCAAGUCCAGAGUGAAGAGGAUGAGGGUGAGGGUUUGGUGGAGGCAGAAGCGUAUUUUGCGAAUAAGAGUUUUGCAGAGAGAUUGUGGGAGAAGAAAGGGAAAUUGGGGUGGAAUGAAUAUAGGGAGACAGACGGGAAACAGUAUGUGAUGCCAGGCGAUAGGGCUAAGGAUAGUUGUAUUCUUGAUGAUAUCGAGCUGUUUUUGUCUUCUAUCCAAUAAUUUAUUGUAAUAUGCUGUGAGUUCUGCUUGGAGCAUCUUCGAAGACUCUUGUGAUAUGAUGUAAAAUUUUUAUUAUAAAAAGUUGAUUAAUGAAAUCAAGAGUUUUUUUAA